AUGAAGCUCCCCGAGUCCCUUUUAAUCGCCCUAUCUCUCAGCUAUGGAGUGUUGUCGGCCCCAACCCCCGGACAACCUCAACUGAACGGCAGGUCCUUCAAAGUUGAGCGAGUACGGCGUGGUGCCGGCACGAUCCAUGGCCCGACAGCUCUCCGCCGCGCAUACGAGAAGUUUGGGAUCGUGCCGAUGGACCUUGGAAUCGACUUGGAUGACUUCGUGCCCAUCUCCAAGCACGCCGCGUUGCAGCAAGACGUAGCGGAGCCCGAUCAGACCGGUGCGGUCAGUGCGGCCUCAGUGCAGAACGAUGCAGCAUUCGUCUCUCCGGUUAAAAUUGGCGGCCAACAGAUUGUGUUGAACUUUGACACCGGUUCCUCGGACUUCUGGGUACUGAACAGCCGGCUUCCCAAGCUGGACACGAGGGGUCGCACCGUUUAUAACCCUUCCAACUCGUCCACGUUCAAGCAGAUGAAAGGCUCCACCUUCAACAUCACCUAUGGCGACACCUCCUUUGCGUACGGCGGCGUGGGCACCGACGUUGUCGACGUCGGCGGCGUCACCGUCCAGGACCAGGCGAUCGGCAUCCCAACGACGGUGUCCUCAUCAUUCCUGGAAGACACCUAUUCGAACGGCAUUGUCGGGCUGGCGUUUUCCAAACUUAACACGAUCUCGCCCAAUCAGCAAAAGACCUUCUUCGACAAUGUCGCCCCAAUCCUGGACGAGCCCGUGCUCACAGCCUCCCUGAAGAGCGACGGCGUGGGCGAGUACGAGUUCGGCGUCAUCGACCACGACAAAUACCAAGGUGACCUGGCCAACAUCACCAUCGACUCGUCGAGCGGGUUCUGGGAGUUCGUGUCGGCGUCGUUUUCGGUCGGUGGUGGCGCCCUGCAGGACGUCCGUGACGUGCGCCGGUCCAUCGCCGACACCGGUACCUCGCUCAUGCUGCUGGACCAGAGCGUCGUGGAUGCAUACUACAAGCAGGUUCAGGGAGCAGUGUAUGUCAGCAGCGCCAGUGGGUACAUUUAUCCGUGCAGUGCGGUGCUUCCGAAUUUGACGAUGGCGGUUGGCGAGAAGCACUAUGCUACUGUGCCCGGGGAGUAUAUGAACUUUUCCGAAAUAGGUACCAACAAGACAACCGGCGAGACAGUUUGUUAUGGGGGCGUUCAAUCCAACCAGGGAACCUCGAUGCAGAUCUUCGGCGACGUGUUUUUGAAGGCGUUCUUUACUGUCUUUGAUCUGCGCGGACCAUCGCUCGGCCUGGCGUCGCCUAAUUUCUGA